AUGGAGCACGCUAGACCUCCAGCAGAAUUAAUUUUACAAGGUGGGCCGGCGGCGCGCGCAGACGCCUGGCGAAAGUGGUAUAAACAGUUUCAAGUCUUUUUGAAAGCGUCGGGAGUACACAAAAGUACAAAAGAUGUACAAAGCAGUCUGUUAGUGAAUUUAAUCGGCCCGGAAGGUUAUGAUGUGUAUACUACGUUUAAAUUUACGAAAGAUGAGGACGCCGAGGAUAUCGAGAUUUUGGUGAAAAAAUUUAAUGAACACUUUGGAUCGAAGCAAAAUACGACGAUCACCAGAUUUAAAUUUUUUACGCGAUCUCAAAACCGAGGGGAGUCCAUAGACGAAUAUGUCACCGCACUUAAAUUGUUGAGUCAGUCCUGUGAGUUCGAACAUUUAGAAGACGGCUUGAUACGCGACAGAAUAGUUUGUGGAGUAGCGGAUGGCGUCGUGAGGGAAAGAUUACUCAGGACCGAGGAUCUUACGCUGGCUAAGGCAGUAAAAAUAUGUCAGGCAAAUGAAAUGUCUAACGAGGAGACUCAGCAGAUAGAAGAAACAAAAGGCGGAUCGGCGGAGCCGGAGCCGGGAGCGUCGGGCCUCGCGGUGGACGCCGUGGCGGGCGCGUGGGGCAACGGGCGGCGCGGGCGCGGUCGCGGCGGCCAACAGCGCCCCCUGCCGGCGGCGCGUCGGCGCUCCGAAGUUUCGCCGCGAGUUAAAUAUAACACAAGAGCGCAGUCAUUUUGUGGUAAUUACUUAACUGUUGUCGGAGCAUGUGAUUUGUCAUGGACAUACAAAAGUCGUACAUAUAAUUUGCAUUUCAUUGUUACUAAACAUAAUUGUCAAAGUGUACUCGGUAAAAAUGCUUGUGAAGAAUUAGGUAUGAUAAGGCGUAUCCAUACUAUUGACAUUACAUCUUACGACGAUUUGUUCAAGGGGUUAGGCAAGUUACCGGGUAAAUAUAAAAUUGUAAUCGAUGAGAGUGUACAACCGUCGAUAUGUCCUGUUAGAAAAAUACCUAUAGGUGUUAGACAAAAGUUGUUAGUCGAAUUGAAUCGCAUGACGGAGUUAGGCGUGAUACGAAAAGUUUCUCAUCCGACGGAGUGGGUUAACGCGAUAGUGGUGGCCGCCAAGAAGGACGGCGGCAUUCGCGUGUGUCUUGAUCCGCGUCCGCUCAACAAAGCCGUGCGCCGCGCACACUACCCGUUGCCCACGCUCGCGGAGAUAGCUUGCAGGCUGCAAGGGGCCACCGUUUUCAGCAAGCUCGACGCGCGUUCGGGUUUCUGGAUGUGUGAGAUCGAUGAUGCGAGCGCCGAUUUAUGUACUUUCGGGACGCCUUUCGGGCGUUACCAGUUCUUGCGCUUACCGUACGGAAUUAAUUGUGCACCGGAAGUUUUUCAUUCAAAAAUUCGACAGAUUCUAGAGGAUUUAGAAGGCGUUGACUCGUUCGUAGACGAUAUUGUCGUUUGGGGCGUAAAUAUCGAAGAACACGAUAGGCGCUUAAAGGCCCUUCUCGAUAGGGCCAGAGAAGUAGGUCAUACUUUCAGCGCUAGCGGCAUGCAAAUAGAUAAGAGUAAAUUAAGGGCUAUUACGGAUAUGCCACCACCUAAAGAUAGGCCGUCUUUGGAACGUUUUUUGGGCAUGGUUAAUUAUUUAUCGAAAUAUAUACCGAAUUAUUCCGAGGAAGUUUAUCCGUUGAGAUGUUUGUUAAAAAAAGAUAGCGUGUGGUGCUGGGACAGGGUACAUGAGGCGGCGGUGACGCGCGUCAAGCGGCUGCUGAGCGGCGCGCCCGUGUUAGCGUUGUACGAGACGCGCGCGCCAGUGCUGGUGUCGGUGGACGCGAGUGCGCGCGCGCUCGGCGCCGUACUGCUGCAGCGAGGUCGUCCCGUCGAGUUUGCCUCCAUGACGCUUAACGACACGCAAUGUCGCUAUGCGCAGAUUGAAAAGGAAUUACUGGCUAUCGUUUUUGCGUUGGAGCGGUUCCAUCAAUAUGUUUUCGGUAGGUCGGACGUUACAGUGGAGACAGACCACAAACCAUUAGAAUCCUUGUUUAAGAAAUCUUUGGACUCGGUGCCGGCUCGCCUCCAACGCAUGAUGUUGAGGGCACAAGCUUAUGAUUUUAAAGUUGUAUACAAGCCCGGAAAGUAUAUGUAUAUUGCGGAUACACUGUCGAGAGCGCCGCUAGGAGAAAUAUUGUCGGAUAACAUAAGUAACGAAGUCGAGGAGCAGACCUGUUUUUUGUUAGAAAAUGUCAGAUUCAGUAGUGAAAAAACAAAACUUGUUAAGGAAUUUACAGCCAAAGAUGAAGAGUGUCAACUUUUAAUAUCGUAUAUAGGUAACGGUUGGCCAGACAAUAAAUACGAAGUCGAUGAACGUGUUCGCGCGCAGUGGUCCUACAGGGAAUUAUUUGAAUACGUCGAUGGCAUAAUUUUUAAGGACAAUCUUGUAUAUAUACCGCGCGGUCUGCGUAAGGAGAUGAUAGAACGCGUUCACGACGGGCACAUGGGCAUAGACCGUUGCAAGCGGCACGCGCGCGAGGUCAUGUUCUGGCCGGGCAUGUCGCGCGAUGUCGAGCAGCGCGUGCGGCGCUGCGCAGCGUGUACAGAGCGCGCUCCGCGCCCCCCGCGUGAACCCCUCUUGUUUCAUCACAUACCUGAUAUACCCUGGGUCAAGGUAGGUUCAGAUAUUUUUCAAAUAGGAAAAAACUAUUAUCUUAUAUUAGUGGAUUACUUUUCGAAUUUUGUUGAGGUAGUUAUGUUAACGAAUAUUUGUAGCAGAUCAGUUAUCGGCGCUUUAAAGGAGCAAUUUGCUCGACACGGCAUUCCGGCUCAUCUGGUGACAGACAACGGGCCCGCUUACGCGUCGAAAGAGUUCGCAUUGUUUUGUAGGACGUGGGGUUUUGAUCAUAUCACGACGUCGCCCCAUUAUCCGCAGUCGAAUGGACGGAGUGAGAGAACUGUUAGAACCGUAAAAGAAAUGUUAAAGAAAUCGUAUUUGUCGGGCACUGAUUUUUAUCUAGGAUUAUUAAAUUUUCGAGCGACACCGCGUGACGGCAUCGCUUCACCUUCGGAGUUAUUGAUGGGUCGUAGGAUAAAUACUCGGCUUCCCAUUCAUCUGAGCAAACUUAAACCUUCUCGAGACAAUAGCGAUGAUUAUAAAAACAUUCGAGAAAAACAAUUUAAGUGUAAAACUAGAUACGACUGUCACUCGAGGGCACUCCCGGAGCUGCAGGCCGGGCAGGAGGUGAUCAUCGCGGACGGAGUGAGUCGGCGCAGGCGCGGCCGUGUGCAGGCGCGCGCUGCUCAACCACGAUCUUAUUUUGUUAGUGAUGCCGCGGGCAGAUGUUACAGACGUAAUAGGCGGCAUUUGAUUAAUAUUGGUCAGCAGGGCAGUGCCUAUGGCGCUACUGAACCCACUGAGAGCGGCUGCAUCCCGGGAACGUCUAGCGCAGACUCGGCAUUACAACGCGACCUAGGCUGGUUAGCGGAAACGUCCAUUGUGUCCGCGCUCGCGCCGGCAGUGAAGGCGAUUUGCAAAACGACGCAAAUCAUAUUUAUAUUGUUGUUGGCUUCGGAAAUCUUUACUCCUAUCUGUCAAAUAAUGCGAAAGAAACCAAAACUAAUCAAGUCUAAUUUGGAAGGCUAA